CUUGAAUUUGCUCUGAAACCAAUCUGGAUUCCGAAUGAAAGGGGCCCUGGGUUGAACUUUCCCAUGGGACAAAGUAUCGAUGUUCUUGGGACCUGCGAUGGUGCCAAAGGGACAGACGGUGAGCCUGGUCCAAAACGGAAUCAGCCUCACCAAGCAGGAUCUGGCGGAUGGGAUGAAGAUGUGGUCGUUGUCUGCACAGCCCUGGAGGAGGGUGUGACCAGCAUGGUUGCAACGGCCAACCGUGGCGGUGCUCGAAUAAGCGAUGAGGUGCUUCUGAACCACGAGCUUCUGCAAUAUGCCCGACAGGGCAACCUGCGCGGUCUCAGCGAUGCUUUGGACAAGGGCGCGUGGACUGAGACAAGACGACCCCUUGUGAUGAAGCCGCAAAAGCCUGAGCCGGGCAAAAAAGUCGAUGACCCACCCACUGUGGGAAUGACGCCGAUCAUGUUUUCUGCCCAGAAGGGCUCUGCGGACUGCGUCCGACGCCUCAUUCAAGCCCGGGCGGAGAUCAAUGCCGUCGAAGAAGAUGGUUGGAGCGCCCUUCACUUUGCUUCCAAAGAAGGCCACCUGCAGGCGUGCCAAACCCUAAUCCAAGCCAAAGCAGAUGUUGGGUUGAAAAAUGCCGACGAAAAAGCUCCUCUGGAUGUGGCCGAUGAGGAUGGAUCCUUCAAGGCCUCCUUAAUGGAGCUGGUCAAGGAGAGGCUUGCUGAGGAGGGGCCCGGAAGCCAGGUGGCGCCGAACCGUGCUGGUGCCCACAUGGAGUGUUGAUUGGCGACACACCUGAAACGUCUCAUCAGCUGGAGAGCUCAGAGGAAUUUCAGCAGAUGUUCCUUUUGGGUGACCC